AUGCACCCUGGCAUCCCCGCCCCGCAUUCUCCAGCAUCCCCACCUGGAGCCCCCCUGGGAUCCUGGCCCUGUGGCCCCUGGGAUCCCAGCUCCAUGCGACCUGGGAUCCUGGCCCCACACCCCCCGGGAUCCCCACGCUAUGCCCCUAGGAUCCCAGCUCUGCACCCCCUGCACCCCUGCUCUGAAACCCCAGGAUCCUAG